AUGAUAUCAUCUUUUGUUGCAUCAUCUGGAUCAUCGUUUGAACUACUUGUUUCACCUUACGAACAAAUUCAAUACAUCAAACGGAAAAUCGAACGACGAGAAGGCAUACCCGUGUCACAUCAGCAUCUCGUUUGGAAAUCAAAUGAACUGAAAGAUGAAUCAUGCUUACAUGACUAUAAAAUCGAAGCAGGCUCAACGAUCAAACUUGUCUUAGCUAUGCGUGGCGGUCCUGUGAAUACAAAACGUGUACCGAUUGAAGAUAGUUUAUUACGCGAUGUGUCCGAAUAUAUGGAAAGUACUCGAGAUGAUGUGGUUCUCAAUAGUGAUUUGUUACCGUCGUCAUCGAACAAAAAUGUUACAUUUCUUGUUCUACGCGAUGGAGAUCAAUUUAAUUUCUUUCAAGUUAUCGAUAGAGGUGACGGUACACUCUCACCUUUGUCCGGCUCUGUCAGUAACGCAUCAAUGUAUAGUACACAUGAAACAAUUGCUAUUGAACCAGAACGUGAAAAUAAUGAAAAACGGCAAGAUGAUGAUCGUAAAACAAAAGAAAAAAUGGAAUCGAUUCGAUCAAAACUAAAGACACAUACUAAAAAAGAUGUCUUUGCACUUCGUCCUCCAUCAGCAACAAAACAAUUGAAACCAGAUCUGAUCCAACAUCCACCUCGGAAUAUUCUCAUUGACUCAAGUUCAAAUCUGGCCACCAACGGAAAUAAUUCACCUCUGACUAUAUCUUCAGACCAACAGCAGCAACAGCAAUCUACACCGCGUCUCGUACCGUACAAAUUUGCGUCAACGAAUUUGUUCAACACGUAUAACAUACUGGCCGCAGCUGCAAUUGAACAAUCCGAUUUCCUUCAUGAAGAAGACAGCGAAGACGAUGAGGAUAGUCAUGAUGAAGAUGACGAACAGCAAGUACAUGGCGAACACUUACGCGAACAACAAAUCCUGUCGCCUCCAACGCCGUUAAUACCUGGCAAUUCGAAAAAACAGCAAGUGUUAACAUCCAGAUCGUAUUCACCAUCGGUGUUUUGUCAAAAGAAGCAUCAUCAAUAUGACCAAGAAUCAUACAAAAAAUCUCUUUUUCACUCUCGUCAUCAAGAUCGUACGACACAAAAUCUCAUUGGUCAACAUGAAUCAGCAAAUACCUUAGAUACAUAUGCACAAAGUUCGAUGAAUACCAUCCUAACAACAAGCUAUCCAUCAGUAACACUCGGUAAGUCGAUCGUACGUGGCAGAACUAAUGCAGAUACAUCUGUUUGCACAGGGCCUGUUGCUCAAGAGACGGCCAUUACAACUGCAACGACAUCAUCAGGAAAUGAAACAAGUACUGGUACUGUUCUAGUUGAUUACAUAUCUCGUAUAUCGCCCACACUACACCAACAGCAAGUACCUAUUGUUUCUACGUCUUCACGUAUACUAUCAGCAACCAUGACAAAACGUGCGAGCAUGUGUGAAACAUCGUCUGUGGCAGCCAAUGUUGAAUGUAUAUUGGAUAACGAAGAGAAAGUCACUUCGAGUAGUGAAUUAGUCUAUCAACAAUCUCAAACAUCGCCGAUGCUUGAAUUACUUGAUGAUGACAUGAUCUCACCAACAAAUGGUUUGAUAAGUACGGCCUCUAUCCUAGACGAUAAAACAGAACUGUCUCGAAAACAAACAGGAGACAUUCAAAGUCGCAAUGAAACAUCAUUAAGCAAAACAAUUUGGACUGAUGAUGAUGAUCAGUUAAUUAUUGGCGAUGAAUACAUUGGCGAAGAACGUACAUCAACAAGUCAAUCAAUCUUAUCUCAACAUCGUAAUAGUUCGACGAGUACAACAGUGAUUACGCCAAUGCCAACUUUACCUAGUGUCAUUAAAAAGUCAACAUUACCGUCAACAAAACAACAAUUCUAUCAUCAUCACAAGCCUUUGAAUAGCGAUCAGCAAACAACGAAAUUAUCGCCCAGACCAUUAAUGCCCUUUUCUCUGUCAAAGUACCGACGUAUCCCAGCUAAUGUACAUUCAAUCACCACAUUACAACAGCAAACAUACACUGGCACUUCAAAUGCCUCAUCUAAUGAUUCGACAAAUAAUGGUAAUGUGACUAAUAGUACAGAUUCGUUCAAUGAACAUUUAAUAUUGAAUAAACGUAUCGAAAUUUUAAAACCAUCUGGUAAGCAACAAAGCUCACAUUCCUGUACUGCGUCUCCGAUUACGUCAACACCAUCAUCGGCAGUAUCGACGACAGCAAUGUUUACUUCAUCACCUUCUCAAUCAAAACGAAAUAUUUCACAACAACAGCCAGAAACGAAAUCUCUGGGUGCAACAGGAAUAGUACCACCACCAUCGUCAUCUUCAUCUCUGAUGCCACUUGACAAUGCCAAAGUCACGAUUGAAACUAUUGGACCAAAAACAGUAACCGCUCUUUUACGGCAGAAUGCAACCAUUGAACCAGUAGACACAUCACGUGGGAUGGGUAAACAUCUUGUUUCGCUGUUAACAACAGCAUCAAAAGAAACAACAUCAGUCAAACCAAGUUACAAACAGUCAUCUCGUGAUGUAGUCAUCGAAGAACGCUUUAAGUUGGAUUCGAAACUAACUAAUCCAUGGUCGAGUACUACAACGAAUAAUUCGACAACAAUGGGUAGUAGUCUUCAAUCGACUGCGGCAACUAUUUACAAUUCGAAUAAAUUACCAUCGGUCAUCGUCAAUCGUAAAUCAACAUCGAAAUGUUUUCUGUGUAAGAAAAAAACUGGUUUAGCAACAACAUAUCAAUGCAGGUGUGGAAGUUCAUUUUGCAGUGAACAUCGCUAUCCCGAAGCUCACGCCUGCGCCUUCGAUUACAAAGCGGAAGGCAAACGUUUAAUUGAACGAAACAAUCCUUUGAUUACUGCACCUAAACUACCGAAGAUCUAA